CGGUGGGACGACCGGCAGGGAACGGGUGGAGCACCGGCACUUUGGGAGGUGCUGCUGGCUUCAUUUGUGCUUGAGCUCACAUUUAACAAGUGCAGAGCGAAGGUCAGGGUCGCAUGUAAGCACAGCUCCCAUGCAGCACACAAGCAAACCACAGUCCUGACCCCCCUUGGCAGCCUGACAGGCUGGGAUUGGCUGCGGGACGGGGGGAACCGGACCCACAGAGGAAAGAGUGGCCGGGAACCCAAAUCAGUAAUCGAGCCGGGAGCGGCUGCAGCGUUCGGGCUGUUGCCGGAUCACGGACUGGCUCAGCGGACAGAUGAGGGUCCAGAAGGCGGCUAACAGGAUGACGCCGGGCCGCCACGUGGUUCUGGAGGGAUUACAAGGAGCAAGAAGAAGGCAUCCGACGGCGGCCGGUCACUAGCUGCCGUGAACUGGACCCCCUCCUCCGGCGCUGGCUUCACCAAACCCAGAUGACGGAACAGUCACCCGACCGGAGAUCAGGACGCGCUGGGAUUUAACUGUGGGCAACACUGUUUCCAAAUGACAGCUUCUGGCCUGAAGAGCGCAUGAAAUCAUGGUGUUGAAGGCGGGACUGUUCUUCACUCUGUGUCUGUUUACCCUUCAAGCAAGUCGAGUACAAGGCCUCCACGACCACGGCCUCUCCGGACUGAGGGACGUGAGGUACCGACACUUCCUGGACGCGUCCCGGCCAGUCCGACGCGGCACCGGCGCCCGAGCGGCCGACGGGCUCCGGGCCAAGAGGUCGGCGCUGUUCUCCACGGGGGUCAAAGUGUGUCCCCAGGAGACCAUGACGGCGGUGAUAGGCAGCCACCGAGCCUAUUACAAACUCAGAGUGUGUCAGGAAGCCAUCUGGGAAGCCUUCCGGAUCUUCCUGGACCGGGUGCCCAACUCGGAGGAGUACAGAGCCUGGGUCUACACCUGUCAGCAUGAAAACCUGUGCAUGGACGACCUGGCCCAGAACUUCAGCCGCUCCCAGGAGCAUCUGGACCUGGUGGCCAGAAGAAUCGCAGAGCAGAGUGAAAGUGAAGGGAUUGCCUCUGGGACCUCAGAGCCAGGAAAAGAAUGCACGUGGACGCCCCCCAUGAUCCUGUUCCCCACCGAGGCCGGCGCCAGCACGGAGCAUCCGAACAUGAUUAAAGAGAACAGCCAGGAGUACGUGGUGGAGUUCAGCGUCACCAUCAUGGACCCGACGUACAGCGAAGUGCUGGGCGACCCCGAGGCGCCGCAUCUCAGCGACAUCACCAGGGAGCUCACGGAAAAGAUGCUUCAUGUGUUUGAAAAAGUUCCGGGAUUCAAAGAGAUUCGCGUUCUGGGAUUUCGAUCAGAAGACGUGUCGAUGCGCUACGCGGUGGUCUUUAAUGGGGAAACGGAGCUGGGUGAUGAUCCUGAGGGUCUGGAGGAGGCUGCCGCAGAGGGAGGCGAGGACGGGAACACUCCCAAGCUGAAGCACAUCAUCGUGACGGCGUUGAAGCAGGAGCCGUCGCUGCCGCUGGAUAUCGAGACCCUCAGCUUUGAGGCCGUCACCACGGUUUAUCCGCUCGCUGAGCUGGGCUUGAAUGCCGGGGACAGCGUCCCCGACGUCCCCACCGAGGACAGACCCCCCCCCAACGGCCUCCCUCCCGCGGCCCCCGACGUGCAAAGCUCUCUGGGAGCGUCCACGCUUGCUCCAGCUCACACCUUUGUGCCUUUCAUCCCGAACGUCCUUCCAGAAGCCACUCCUCAUGACGCGGAGACCCCUUUGGAGGAGUCCACUGAAGAGGCCGGUGAGGUUUCAACUCUGGGUACCACAGUGGAGAGCUCCACACAGCAGGGGGACGAGGCGGAGGCGGAGGAGGAGGUGCCUCCAACCGAGCACAGUGGAGACGAGGCUGCAGGUGAAGCCGACGUGACGGAGGAAGCUGCUAAUGGUGCUGAUGAGAGCCCUCCGGAGCUACAGAACGAGGACCUUCCUCUGGCGACUCCAGACUCGCAGACUGUUAAUGAGCCACCAGAGUCCGGGGAUCUCCCAGUGGCAGAACCAGCAUCCCCAGCAUCCUCGGAUCCGGUGGAGGAGCCGGUGCAGGAUCCGGUCCAGGACCCGGAGCCUCUGCCAGCCUCCGUGGAGACCGGCUCUGAGGACGCGGGCGGGUCCGGUGGGGAGGCCGGCGGCGUGACCCCUCCCUCACCGGACCCGCCCGCCGAGAACACGAGCACUGAAGAAGAUCCGGGGCUGAGUGGGAAUGGAACCGGGCUGACCGAGCCGCUGGAGGAGGAGGACGGUAGCGGGUUCCCGUCGGAGUCUGACGAGCGCCCGCAUGAGAGCACGGCGGCGCCGGCAAUGGGACAAGUCAGCACCCCAGUGAUGGCGGCUUUGGAUAAGAGCAAAGAGUUGGUGGUGUUCUUUAGUCUAAGAGUCACUAACAUGAUGUUUUCUGAUGACCUGUUCAACAAGAGCUCCCCAGAGUAUAAGUCCCUGGAGAAUACCUUCCUGGAGCUGACGCAACGCUCUGGGUCCAGAAACUCGCCAAACCCUGGAGCUUCCAGUAAAUCUGGGCCUGGGAGACCGACGACUUUAGCCUCCAUACCGCUUCUGCCAUAUCUCCAGUCCAACCUGACUGGAUUCAAGCAGCUGGAGAUCCUCAACUUCCGGAACGGCAGCGUGGUCGUGAACAGCCGGAUGAAGCUGGACAAGCCGGUGCCGUACAACGUCACGGAGGCCGUGCACUGCGUCCUGGAGGACUUCUGCAGCGCCGCGUCCAAGCGGCUGGACAUCGAGAUCGACAGCCGCUCUUUGGAGGUGGAGCCAGCGGACCAGGCCGACCCCUGCAAGUUCCUGGCCUGCGACGAGUUCUCCCGCUGCGUGGUGAACGCCUGGAGCAACGAGGCCGAGUGCGCGUGCGACCCGGGCUUCAGCGCGGCCGGCGGCCGCCGCUGCCGCAGCGCCUGCGACCUGCAGCCGGACUUCUGCCUGAACGGCGGCCUGUGUGAGAUCGUCCCGGGGCUCGGCGCCACCUGCAGGUGCCCCGUGGGCAAACACUGGCGCUACCACGGCGAGCGGUGCGGCGAGCUGGUGUCGCUGCCCGUGGACCCGCCGCUCGUCAUAACCAGCCUGGUGGGAAGCCUCUGCCUCGUUUGCGCCGUCAUUGGCGUCCUGAUAUUCAUUAACAAGAAAUGCAUCAAGACCAAAAAGGCCGUGACGUUGGUGCACACCCUCGCUCCCUAUGCCUUUGAGAACACUCUGAGGGUGAACCCGGUAUUUGAGAACGAUGACGGGGUCUUAACUCAGGUGUCCACGUUGCCCUGUUCUUCAAGCUCAGCGUCGUCCCAGUCGCAACAGUCAGAGCAGGAGGUUUUUGCCUCGAUCGAAAACAUACAUCUGAGUAUUGAGAUCCCCAGACAACUCUACACCACAAGAUCAGAAAAGUUAGUCUCAGAAAUGGUGGGUUUCCAUCACUGUAUACCACACAAUGAGGUGAGCGCACACUCUGAGCACAGCAGAAACGCACCCACAUGGUUCAUAAAACGACGGUUUGUCAGCGAGUCACUCUUCAGAUAUUGUGUCAAUAACGCUUACAUACGUUUUACAGCUUUAUGACGCACACAAAGGUAAAAUAUCUGCACCUGUUUUAGCUGAUUUUCAACACACAAACCAAAUCACGGUUGGCUUUUGUGCAUAUAAACUAGAAAAUCUGCAAAAAUCCUAACCCCUAACUGAAAUAAAACUGAAAACCGUAACGAGAGCACGGGUGUAGAAUGGAUUUUGCAUCUUUUACUAGUUCUCUUCCCUCUCGUCUCUCUUAGACGUGGCGGCCGCCAAAUGAAUACAGGACCUGUUGUCUUCUAAGGGCGUCGGAUAACGAGUGUUUCGAAGUCACGGUUCUGUAGCGACGCCUUGGUCCGAGGAGCCGCCGGCACUCUGACUCUGUGGAGCUGUGUGUGAAAUAAGCAGAUGCAUGAAGUAACAGAGCUGUAGAGCAGGGACCAUGUGAGGUCCAUGUGUCUCCUUAGACAGAGCUGUGGAGGUAAAGGUGGAAGCUAAUAUUUAUUUCAUGAACUGAAUUGUAGGAACAUUUCCUGUAAACCCUUGGCAAAGGUUGUUCUUUCCUCACAAUGAGGUAUUUAUAUUAACCAACAGAUGCUCAUGGUGGUAUCUUAGACUGUGAUGCUUAUUUUAAUGCUACUCUUAAACCCUGUUGUGUCCAAAAACAGAGUGAAUGUAUAAGUUUAAUAUAUCGGCUGCUAUGUUCUGUCUAGUUUCUUAUUCAAAACAUUCCCCACUAAUAAUUCUUCUUGACAUCUGGACCUUUUCCUUCCGUCUCUGUUUUUUACAGAUUUUACAUUUAAAAACAGGCAAUAAAAUGUGUU